AUGAAGUACAAGAACCGCGUGCGGAGCCGCCUCUCCAACCUCAAGGAUGCCAAGAACCCCGGCCUGCGGCGCAAUGUGCUGUGUGGUGCCAUCACACCCCAGCAGAUCGCUGUCAUGACCUCAGAGGAGAUGGCUAGCGAUGAGCUGAAGGAGAUCCGCAAGGCCAUGACCAAGGAGGCCAUCCGCGAGCACCAGAUGGCGCGCACAGGUGGCACACAGACGGACCUGUUUACCUGCGGCAAGUGCAGAAAGAAGAACUGCACCUACACACAGGUGCAGACCCGCAGCUCUGAUGAGCCCAUGACCACCUUCGUUGUCUGCAACGAGUGUGGGAACCGCUGGAAGUUCUGCUGA